AUGCCGCUUCUUGAGCCUGGCGUCUUCAGCCUCCACCUCCUGGUGCCCACGCGGCCCCAUGGUGGUCACACGACAGCCAUGCUCAAGAGCUGCGUGGCCCAUGCUCACCGAAGCGUGCCCAUUGACUUUCUGGUCUCGUGCGCACGUUCUCGCCCGAUGCAGCGAGUUCCGGACCGCGAGCCUGGUCAAGAUACAACGCUCGCGAAGGCCGCCGAGGCGGUUGAUUGGCUCGCGAGUGAGCUCGAGUCCGAGAGGAACGAGACAAAGAGGCGUCACGACGCUUUGGUCGAGGGCCUCGUCGAGGCCCUCGAGCUGGGCACCUGCGCCCCCCGCAUCCAGACGCAGAGGUCUUACGUAUCCACUGCCGUACCAGACGGGUACCCCUCGCAACGUGAGACCGUGUUCGGAGGGCUGCCAAGGACUUCCAAAGGUGUUGUCUCUGGCUGGCGCCAGCCAGAGGAAUCUACAAGGGGUGAGCGGAAGAAGCGUAUGUUCGCCAACAGGAUGAUCCAUCAUAAUAGCACGCAAUCGCGCAGCCAAGCACUGUCGGAGGGCACCGACACGCCAAUCAAGAAGGAGGUGAGGACCACUGCCGAGCUUACCGACCUCGCCGUGCAGGAUCGAGGCCUGAACCAGACAGGCCCCACGUUGUCGUUGAAAGACGUGGCACAAGCCAUUCGGUUUCGGCAUCCUCCGCUCUUGCAGCGCAUUUGCCUCCGUGUCGCCCAGAACCCGUGGUUCGAUUACCUGAUGUCUGCCAUCAUUUUCACAAACUGCGUGGUGAUUGGGCUGGAGAUCCAGGAGAGCGUCGACAAAACGAUUCCUACCUCUCUGGCGUACCAAGUAAUGGAGACUUGUUUUCUGGUUGCUUAUAUCUUAGAGCUUUCGAUUCGCUUGCUGGCUGACUGGCAGGAGUGCCUCCAGAACUCGUGGUUCCAGAUGGACAUCGUCCUCGUCAUGGUUGGCGUGGUGACGGUAUGGGUGUUGGAGCCGUUGCUGCUAACGAGGGGAGCCAUCGGCAUGCUGGACAAAGUGUUGGUUGUCAGAGUUCUGCGCCUGCUUCGCCUGGUGCGGACCCUCCGCUUCCUGAAGUUCAUGCAGCCACUCUGGAAGCUGGUGCAAAGCCUGGUGCGGGCACACGGAUCCGUGACGGCGGCUGGGAUGUUGCUUUUCGGAGCCAUCUACGUGUUCGCGUGCGCUGGGGUGGCGGUCAUCGGCGUGGACGAGGAGCUGCUCGCCGACCCCGUUGUUGGGCACAUCGUGGAGGAUCGCUUCAGGUCGAUCCCGGUGCUGAUGCUCACGCUUCUGGAGUUCGUACACAGCGACGGGGCCGCUCAGAUCUACCAUCCUCUGCUUCGCACGAAGCCAUGGCUGCUCUUCUACUUCCUGCCGAUCCUGCUCGUGGUGCCGAUCGCCCUCAUGAACUUGAUCACGGCCGUGAUUGUGAACCACGUCAUCAAGGUCUCCAGCCGCGACACGGAGCUGGAGCGCGUGCAACUCCGGGGAAGGCUGGAGGCGCUGAUACCGAUCCUGAACAGCCUCUUCAGGCAGUUCGACUCGGAAGGCCAAGGGUACAUUCGCUGGGCAGACCUGGACUCGGCGAGGAUGGGCGCGCCGCAGACGCCCCUGCCCGCCGAGGUGCUGCACGCGCUGAAGUCCUACAAGCUCGAAGACUUCUUCAAGCUCCUCGAUGCCGACGGGUCUGGAAUGAUAACUCAGGCUGAGUGGGUCGACGGCAUGUGCUGUCUGGUCCUGGAAGAGGUGCCAAUCGAGAACUUGCAGAUGCUCCACAUGCUCUACCGGCAGGCCAACGAUCUCAAGGAACUGAAGCUCGCCAUGUUGCCGCAGCUUUUCUCGGACUGA